AUGAAUUCCGUAAGGAUUUUUACAAGAAACAUGACCCAAAAGUGGAAGCCCUUAAAGAAAUUGGGAAUAAUUGGAGUGCCAUUCGAAAAGGGCCAGAAGAAGUACGGCGUGAGUAUAGCCCCAGCGGCUAUGAGAUCAGCGGGGCUCAUACAAAAACUUAAGGAAAUUGAUGGAAUGGAUGUUAAAGAUUAUGGUGACGUUGAGAUCCCAACAUGUUAUGAACCAGUAGAUGUGGAUAAUAUGACCAAUCUUCCUCUAAUAUCUGCUUGUAACAAAAAUCUCUCCGAUAUGGUAUCACAAGUUCUCAAAGAUGAUAGAGUAGCUGUUACUAUUGGCGGCGAUCAUUCCAUAGGAGUUGGAACGGUCGACGGUCACUACAGAGUCAAUGAAGAUAUGAUUCUCAUAUGGGUGGAUGCACACGCGGAUCUAAACACAAACAAGACGUCUAAUUCAGGUUCGGUGCACGGUAUGCCCGUCGCGUUGCUCGUGAAGGAGUUAUCAGAUUACUGGCCCUACUUACCCACUAUGGACUGGCAAGUUCCUAAAUUUUCUAUAAAGAAUCUCGGAUACGUUGGCUUGCGAUCCGUAGACGAAUACGAAAGGUUAGCGAUAGAAAAAUACGACGUGCCCGCUUUCGCAAUGGAAGAUAUCGAGGAGUACGGCAUACAAAAAUCCAUAAAGCAUAUUCUUCAGCGGAUAGAUCCAGAUGGGAAUAAGCCGAUUCAUGUCAGCUUCGAUAUUGAUUCUUUAGAUGCCUUAGAAGCACCUAGUACUGGCACUCCUGUGCGCGGCGGCCUAACACUUCGGGAGGCUAUUCGGCUGAUGGAGAUUAUCCAUGGAACGGGUCGCCUCCGAGCUAUUGAUCUCGUGGAAAUAAAUCCAGCGCUCGGCAACGAUUCGGACAGAAAAAGGACUAUUGACGCGGGCUUAUGUAUACUACGUGCGGCUUUAGGAUUCUCCAGAAGAGGUAUCACACCUCGCGGUAUUUUAGACUUGCCCGUACAAACACCACCAUCGAAAUAAUGUUCGCCGCUAAAAGUAUAAUCAGUUGAUAUAAGAAGUGAAGAUUAUAUAGGUACGGUCAAUGUUAAACAUACUACUAAUUUUAAGAAAAUUAUAACCUAUGUGUACCUAUAUACUAUAUAUUUUGUUAAUAAACUUUCGACUGUU